AUGUAUUACGGGCAAACCGUGCCCUUGAAUGCUCCAGUUUCUCAGGACUUCUGGAGCUGUAUUCAGCUCUUUGUCUCUAAGAACGCCUUUGUUGGACCUGAAGAAGAGGCAGAAAAACCUGUGAAAACUAAGACUGUUUCUUCCAGUAAUGGAGGAGAAAGUUCGAGUCGCAGCGCAGAGAAACGGGCAGCUAAUGAAGAAGCUGAAGACUUCACCACAAAGCCUGCUCCUGCCAAAAUGUCCAAGUUUGGAUUUUCCAUAGGCAGUCAGACAGCAAAGAAGGCAUCUGCAAUAUCCAUCAAACUAGCAGCAAAUAAGCCUAAAGAGCCUGUUCCAACCCUUGCUCCAAAAACCCUUUCUGUAGCAGCAGCUUUCAAUGAAGAUGAAGAUAGUGAACCAGAAGAAAUGCCUCCGGAGGCCAAGAUGCGCAUGAAGAACAUUGGAAGGGAUACACCAACCUCAGCAGGACCAAAUUCCUUCAAUAAAGGAAAGCAUGGCUUUUCUGACAACCAGAAGCUAUGGGAACGAAAUAUAAAAUCUCAUCUUGGAAAUGUCCACGACCACGAAAAUAACUAAAUGAUGUGGAUGGAGAGUUGGGUGUUUGGGGGGAGGGGAGGGUGUAACGUUAAAGGAACAGUUUCCUUUUUUAAGAAUGGUAUAAGACUAUCUUUGGAGCCACUUUUUUAAGAUUUUGAGUGGUACACUAAUAACUGAGUUUGAAAUUAGAGGUAAUUUAUGUUUUGUAUACAGAUUUCGAGGCGUUUGCUAAUUUUGUAGUUCCAUGUGAUUAGUUUCAAAAAGUUACAGAUAAUAAAGAAAUUGGAGUGG